UGUGUGUACUUCUCCCUGCUGUGGCUGCAGUGUGUGAGACGCGUCACUUCAUUACUGUUCAUCCAAAAGGCUCAGGGCUUCCCCGUCGAGGCAGAGAUGAACCUGCCGUCCAGAGAAGAGUGCGAGGCCUGGGAUCAGGCACAGGUGGCCUUCUUCAUGUGCAAGAAUAAAAUGCCAGAAUGUGCAGUCGUUGUGAACAGACUGAGAAUUAAUGGACACAGACUUCUGAACCUGUCCGAGAGCGACAUUAGCAAGUUCAGUCUCAUCCACCAGCCGCAGCUGCAGAAGCUCGUUCAAGACAUCAAGAAAAAUGACGGCAGCCUUCUGAACAGACUCAAACGGCUGAAGAGCAAACCACGUCCAAAUGUGCCGGCAAGAGACUACCAAGAUGACAACAGGGAGAGCGAUGAUCAACUGUCCGAACCCGAUUACGACAAUGAUAUGUAUGAGUGUCCUCGUGAGGAUGACAGCUACGAGCCUCCUCCGAGUCACAGAGUCUUCCCCUCAACUCCUUUUGGAUCCUUUCCCAGAGGGGAAUACAUCGACAGCUGCCGUACCCGACCCAGCCAGCCCCCCAGGAAGCCCGCUCGCCCGGGUAAACAGUCCAAACAGCUACCAGCCGAGCCCACGCCGGACGGCAGCGACGAAGAAGAUUACGUCGAUCCAGAUGCUAAUACAGACGAUGACAACUAUGUAGAACCAGCGGAGAACCCACCUGCCAGUCGUUUGUCUCACAGUGGGAGCAGAGCGAGAAGAGACCUCCCCAUGUUGCCUCCACAUGUACCAGAGCGUCAGCCCAGUCCUGAAUUUUAUGAAAUGCCUGACAGCAAGGAGAACUCCUCCACAUCUUCACUGAACAGACUGUAUCCAAUCCCGCCGAUGCAGCCGCAUCCUUUACCACCAAAACCCAGCCCAAGGGGGAAUAUGAGAUCUCAUUCGCCUAUCCAGACGCCAACAUGUGACGAUGAAUAUGAAGUCUGUGAUCCAGAUGACGCCCCCAGCGAUAAACCAGCAGAGGGUCUUCCUCCUCCACGUUUCCUAAAGCCUUUACCCAGACCGAGAUCUCCAAAGCCACCUGUAGGACCGAAGCCUGAAGUAAAACCAAAGGGUGAAAGCAGAACAUUGCCUUUGGACCACACUCACCACAAACUUCCCCCAAAACCUUUCACACUGGACUUGAAACGACCAAAAGUACCCUUCCCACAGACAGCUUCUCUCAAGCCUGAGAGAGGAAGCGUUACCACAGAAAGUGGGCCAACAGACCAAGACAUGGAUGCAGACAUCUUCAGGAGACCCUGGUUUGCCAACACGUGCGAUCGCAAGACUGCAGAUGAUGCGUUGUAUCGCUCAAACAAAGACGGAGCGUUUAUGGUGAGAAAGAGCUCCGGUCAGGAUGCACAGCAGCCCUACACAUUAGUGGUGUUUUACAACUGCAGAGUGUACAACAUCCCAAUCCGCUUUAUACCCAGCACUCAGCAGUACGCUCUGGGAAGAGAGAAGAAAGGAGAGGAGUUUUUCAGCAGUGUCUCCCACAUCAUUGAGCACCACCAGAGGAACCCGCUGGUGCUGAUCGACGGUCAAAGCAACGCCAAGGACGCCACCAGGCUGUGCUACCCCGUGAAGCCCUAGAAGACUCUGUAGCUCACAGUGAAGCGGUCGGAGAGGCGCAGCGCCGAUCCUCUCAGAGAGCCGACCACCAGACGGCUCUGCGCUGAAGGGGCUGUUCUUCCGCCAUGCAGACUCUGAUAGACGCAACAAUCGAUGGCUUGGAUUGGACUUGUAGAGAGUAUAAGGCUUCAGCGGCGAUCCACACCGAGGGGCGGCUGACACGGUGCGAGGUGCCCGCCACACCGUUUGGAGCACCUUCGGAUUGGAUGGCAUCACCAAACUUCAGCACUGACAGUGGGUUUAGAAGAAAAUCUGCUUUAUUAAAAGAGGCUCAGCCGGCAAUGUUGACUGUGAAUUUAGCUCCAUUUUAACUUAGAUUUUGUCAGAUUUGUAUUAUUUUUAGAGAAAAAAAAAUCCAUUGGGUUCAUCCCCCCCUGAGGAGCCCCUCUUCAAAACUUCUGGUACCAACACAAUUUAUCUCUGUGUGAUUUUUUUUACCUAAAUGUAGAUAUGAAUUACUCACUACUACAUCUUUUGUUGUCAUCUCUGUGUAAACAAACAUCGUUUUCAAAAGGUUUAAUUGACCAAAAUCUGUGGUGCUGGUUCAGAUGGCUAACUGAGUUCAUUCACAUCCAACAUUUUUGGUCCAGUUGGGAAACAAACAAACAAAAAAAAAAAAAACUUUUGAUCAAACUAAUGUAGUUCGGCUGAAGUCUGAGCAAAACACAGACCACAGACCUCAUCAGGGGUUAAGUACUGAGAGUGACAGACUUCACACUGAUGGCAAACGACUUCCUGCCAAUGUUUUUAACUCCUUUCACAGGCUGUACGUGAGAUUUUUUUCAUUAUUUUUCUUUUUAUGGGGCCGUGUCGAAUUGAGAAAGUUCUUUUUCAGAAGCCACGGCACUCCACAGUGAAACAAAACAAUUGAGCUUUUAAACAAAUGUCACUAAAUGAAAUACUGACACAAAUACAUAAUACCUGGGAAUUAGAAGAGAUUAGACUGUGAGUGCAUAAAUUACUCUAUGAAUCUGAAAGCUCUCUGUUCCAGUUCAGUUGAAACUUUAGGAACAACAGAACUGCUUUUGCCUUUUUAUUGUUUCCAUAGGAUAAAUCUGUCGAUGAUGAUAGCUAAUGAAAAUUCCAUUACAAUAAUUUCACGUCCAUUGAGUUGUAUUUAACUCAUCACUUCAAUAUUGAGUCAUAACAGCUUUAAGUGUUUUCGUCCAACGUGCCAAAUUCUAGUGUGAGCACCAAGGAAACUGGACUGAGAAGGAAUUUUUAAGGUUCUGUCGUUUUUAUCCAGACAAACCCCAUGUGAACACUUGUACAAAUAUGAAACCAGGCACCUUAUGAAAAGACUGUGUUUUUACUGGUCACGUGGGUGAGGAUGUUUCUACACUGUACAUUGAGAAUUGUGCCAUAAAACCAAUUUUUUUGCUUUGUUUUUGUUCUGAUGUUUAACUCGAUGACUUGUGUCAUAUAACAUCCUGAUGACUUAGGUCCCUGACCAAGCUGUCGUAAUGCAAAUAUACUUGUGGGCACUUUGAUGAAGAGCAAAGCUCGAUUUCUCUGUGUUCUGGUGUUUGAUUGCUACUUUCAUCUCAAGUGGACUUGGCUGGUAAAAAAAUAGUGCCAAAAUAACAUUUAAAUUUAAACUGAAAAGCUUCUUUGUUGAGGCGCAGAGCAGACUUGAUGAAAAUUUCUAUAUUUUCACAAAAAACCACAAGAAUUACCACAGAAAAUUAGCACAAUCUCAACAUAAUGCCAACUUUAACCAUACCUUCUGAUACAAAAUAGUAAAGUGCCUCUAACUCACCUGAUAACAAUGAGACAGCUAGAAUUCAUCCCAAAUUCAUAGUAGCUAGAGGAUAUGAAUGAAACUGUUCAUCUCAAUAAGCCAUAUGUUAAGUAAACUAUAAAAAAAAACAGUCAACACUUUGCUCAAGGAUCACUCAAAAUAAAAAAAAAUUAAUAAAUAAACAUUGCAUAAUUUACCACUAUGUGGUAGAAGAUCCUCAAUAAAAUGAUUUUCCAUGUGGAAGCAGCAGCCAGACUGAAGCGCCGCUCCUCCAGACACAACAAUGAAAUCACAGCCGACCACAUGACCCAGAUCUCGCAGGUUCAGACUCAUCCCAGAUGCAAAGCAGCAGCAGAGCGCCGAACGCCGUGCACGACUCAAGUACCACCCACUCACAAGACACUUGAAACUCAUGUUUUAUUAAAAUGUUUUUUUUCUUAAUGCUCAGUCAAUAAACAGUGUAUUAAAAUGAAUACGAGGAAUGAGACAGUGUUGCAGUAGCAGAAGGAAGCAGGCGGACAGAUAAUGCGUUGUACAGCAAUACUUUGAAAAGUG